AUGAGGACAUGGCAGAAGAUUUUUGCACAGAAGGUUGCAGACAUGCACGUGAAGGAGCCGUGGACGCUUCAGGAGGAUGACAGCCUGCAGGUGCACAGCCCUAAGCCUGGCCGGAGGGAGUAUUUGCAGAACCGUGCAGCUGGGAGGUUCCAGUGCUCCCAGUGCUUACACGAGUGGUCCUCAGCCAAGGUGCACAUCCUCUUCCACAUGCGCCGGGGCAAGGUGAGGAUGCGAAUCUUCCGGCAGGCCUGCCGGCGCUGCCUCAGCCCCCAGCUGGAGGAGCCCACUUUCAGCCAGGAGAACCUGGAGAGGAUCCUGCACAACCUGGUGCUUCAGAUCCUCAAGGACUUCUACAAGGUGCCGGUGCAGCCCUCUGACCUCCUGGAAGUGGUGGUGGACACCAAGCUGGCGGGGCCGCACGACAGCAGCCGCUGCGAAGGCUGCCAGCUUGGGGUUUGCUCCAAGCCACGGGCGGCCCCGAAGCCACCAGCCUGGAAGCCCAAGAGGCACGUGGACACGGCCAUGAGCCCUCCACGCCAGCUCCUCAGCAGCGGCUUUCCCCGAAAAUGUUGCUUCGUGCUCCUUGCUGUAUGCAUUGUGGCCGUGGUCCUCUUCAUCGUGUUGUAUUUCACCUUGAAGUAG